CCCCGCCCGCCGCGGCCCCCCGCCGCCGGGCCCCCCGCCAACAUGAAGAAAUUCUUCCAGGAGAUCAAGGCAGACAUCAAGUUCAAGAGCGCGGGGCCCGGGCAGAAACUCACAGACUCCGCGGGGGAGAAGGCCCCCAAAGAGAAACCCAGCCAGCUGGCUCUGAGGCCGCCCCGCCAGGGACCCACCGAUGAGGCGCAGAUGGCGGCCGCCGCCGCCCUGGCGCGGCUGGAGCAGAAGCAGCCCCGGGCCCGGGGCCCCACGUCGCAGGACUCCAUCCGGAACCAGGUGAGGAAGGAGCUGCAAGCCGAGGCCGAGGCCACGGUCAGCGGGAACCCCGAGGCGCAAGGGACGAACGUGGUCCCUGAGGCCAAGGAGGAGGGCUCCACCCACCUGGCCGUGCCGGGCGUGUACUUCACCUGCCCACUCACGGGGGCCACCCUGAGCAGGGACCAGCGGGAGGCCGGCGUCAAGGCGGCCAUUCUCUCGCACUUCUCCACCGACCCGGUGGCCGCGUCCAUCAUGAAGAUCCACACGUUCAACAAAGACCGCGACCGGGUGAGGCUGGGCGUGGACACCAUCGCCAAGUACCUGGACAACAUCCACCUGCACCCCGAGGAGGAGAAGUACCGGAGGAUCAAGCUGCAGAACAGGGUGUUCCAGGAGCGCAUCAACUGCUUGGAGGGCGCGCACGAGUUUUUUGAGGCCAUCGGGUUCCAGAAGACCCUGCUUCCGGUCCCGGAUCAGGAGAGCCCGGAGGAGUUCUACGUGCUGAGCGAGGCGGCGCGGGCCCAGCCCCUGGACAGGCACAAGGAGCAGCUGCUGGCCGCCGAGCCGGUGCGGGCCACGCUGGAGCGGCAGCGCCGCGUCUUCCGGCCCUCGCCGCUGGCCUCCAAGUUCGAGCUGCCCGCGGACUUCUUCAACCUCACGGCCGAAGAGGUGAAGCGGGAGCAGAAGCUGAGGGCCGAGGCGGCGGAGCGGCUGAGCGCGCUGCGGACCAAGGCCAUGCGGGAGAAGGAGGAGCAGAGGGCGCUGCGCAAGUACACGUUCACGCUGCUGCGCGUGCGCCUGCCGGACGGCUGCCUGCUGCAGGGCACCUUCUACGCCCGCGAGCGGCUGUCGGCGCUGUACAGCUUCGUGCGUGAGGCCCUGGAGAGCGACUGGCUGCCCUUCGAGCUGCUGGCCUCGGGCGGGCAGAAGCUGUCGGAGGAGGAGAACCUGGCCCUGAACGAGUGCGGGCUGGUGCCCUCCGCCCUCGUCACCUUCUCGUGGGACCCAGCUGUGCUGGAGGACCUCAGGGCAGCCGGGGCCGAGCCCCACGCAUCCGGCCUGAAGCCCGAGCUCCUGGCGGCCAUGGAGCGGCUCUUGUGAAAUAAAACAGAGUUGGCCUCCGC